UGCAGAUUAGUUAGUGACGUAAGUGAAAUGUGGCAUACGCAUUCGUGAAAUGGAGCUCGUGCGUGGAAACUGAGUACUGACAGUUUUCCCACGGGGUGUUGGUCUACUGUAGCCCAUCUGAACGUGUCGAGGAAAAAAAACAGCGUUACAUCGCUUUUUUUCAUCCAUCCAUAGGUUUAUCCUAGUCAGGGUCGUGGAGAGAUCUGCAGCCUAUCCAAAGCAGCCCUAGACGCGAUGCAAGUAUCGAUAUUUAAGCGCUUUCAUUCGGGAAAUUAAAUUCCUGCUUUUUACUGACUAAUCAGUAUUUACCUUUAUAAUCAAAAUACACUUAUUUGCCCGCUCAUAACUAGUAGACGUUUAGUGCAGCCGGAACGUAUUAUAAGCCAGAUGACGUUUUCCACCGGAAGCUUUGGAUAGCUGACAUAUACUCACACAGAGCACGUCGGUUUUGGGAAUAAAACACCGUUUACGCUCACAUGCUAACAUGAGUGACUGGAGUCCAGUUGCGAAGAUAUAUGACCCCCUAAAAGCAGGAAGUAUUGACGGCACUGAUGUUGAACCUCAUGACCGUGCUGUUUGGAGGGCAAUGGUUGCCCGGUAUAUCCCCAACAAAGGUGUGAUUGGAGACCCCCAUCUGACAUUGUUUGUAGCCCGCCUCAAUCCAAAGACAACAGAGGAGAAACUGCUGGAGGUUUUUUCUAAGUAUGGGGAGAUUAGAAGGUUGCGACUAGUAAAAGACAUUGUGACUGGCUUCUCCAAGGGUUAUGCUUUUCUUGAGUAUAAAGAGGAGCGCUCUGUUGUAAGAGCACGUCGGGAGGCCAACAAGCUGGUGGUAGAUCAACACGAGGUCUUCGUGGAUUUUGAACAAGAACGGACCCUAGAGGGCUGGAUACCAAGGCGCAAGGGUGGGGGACAGGGAGGGAAGAAGGAGUCAGGUCAGUUACGAUUUGGUGGGAGAGACAGACCUUUCCGAAAGCCUAUCAAUCUUCCCGCCGUUACACAUGACCCAGGAUUUCUUCAAAGGCGACCAGGGAAUUACAGGUGGGAGAGACCUGGGCUGAGGGAAGAACGAUGUAAAGAAAGAGACCAAUCCCCUGGCAGAGAUGUAGAUUAUGAGUGGGGAAGAGAUCGAAGAGAAAAUGACAGAGGAAGAGAAAGUAGUUGGUGUCAGAAAAAGAGAACAAACAUUGAUCAGGAGAGCAACAGAAAUGAUAAAGUUUCAAGGAGGAAUGAGAGUAGAUACUGGGAUAAGGACAGACAAAAAGACAGGAGAUGAUAUUUGUUUUAGGUAAGCCCUUCAGAGCAUGAUUUGGUCAGUCUCGGCUGAACUUCCAUUGAUGAUUGAUAUUGUAAAACCAUUUCCUUUAGCUUUGAUAACCAAAUGCCUUGACAAUUGCAAAGUGAAUAAUUUCUUAUUCUUUUUCUUAAUGCAGUACUCAAUAAAAACUGAUAGUAGUACAAAGAAAAACAGUAUAAUAGCAGUCUAAUCAUUAUCACAUAAAAUGCUUAUGGUCCCCUCAUCAAGGUAGAAGUUGUAAAUAAUGGAAAAUAUUGGACCAAUAUUCACUUUCCGUGUCAUUGUUAUAGUUUUAUAGCUUUAGUUUUCAGCAAUUUUGCCCUGGGAUCUCCCCUAUUUGUUCAUGCCCAAAUUAAAAAAAUGUAUAAAAAUAAACUGCUUUUGCUGA